GCGUCACAUCCGGAAAUCCACGUCUAUGUAGGAGGAAAAAUGGCGGCCUUCAUUACAGUCAGGAGCUCAUUCGCGUUUAUGAGACGCCUGGUCUCCGUCCAGCAUCUGCACAAGUGCUGUUACUCACGACUCCAAGCACUUUCUGUUCCACACACACACCAUGUGUACUCCAGCAACACUUUGCAUCAGCACAGAUUUUUCCGCACCAGCUGUGCUGCAGCAAGACCAAUUGUACCGUUCAAGCUUUCGGAUAUUGGGGAAGGAAUUAUGGAGGUGACUGUAAAAGAAUGGUAUGUGAAGGAAGGUGACAGAGUGUCUCAGUUUGACAGUAUCUGUGAGGUGCAGAGCGACAAAGCAUCAGUUACCAUCACCAGCCGAUACGACGGAGUCGUCCGCAAACUUUAUUACGAUGUCGAUUCUACUGCAACCGUAGGCACGCCUCUUGUUGAUAUCGAAACCGACGGAGGACAUGCUGUUGCUCCGGAGGAGGAUGUGAUGGAAGCGCCAGCAGUGUCGCAGGAAGAACACACUCACCAGGACAUUAAAGGCCACAAGACACAGGCCACACCUGCAGUGCGACGCAUAGCCAUGGAAAACAAUAUCAAGCUCGUCGAAGUAGUCGGGACCGGAAAGGACGGGCGCAUUCUCAAAGAGGACAUCCUGAACUUCAUAGCCAAGCAGACAGGAGCCAUCCUACCCCCGACCCCCUUCCAUGAGAUUCAGCCUCCUCCUCCAACACCUCCUCCAGCUGCCAAGCCUAAAGAGAUGAAGCCUCUGAGCUCUCCAAUACCUGCCAUCCCAAGGCCGGUGUUCACAGGCAAAGACCGCACCGAGCCGCUUAAGGGUUUCCACAAGGCCAUGGUGAAGACGAUGACCGCAGCUCUGAAGAUCCCACACUUCGGCUAUAAGGACGAAGUGGACCUGAGCCAGCUGGUGCGUCUGCGCGCCGAGCUGAGAAACGUGGCCGAGUCUCGAGGAGUAAAGCUUAGCUACAUGCCGUUCUUCAUCAAGGCAGCCUCACUUGCUCUCCAUCAUUACCCGAUCCUGAACUCCUCCCUGGAUGAAGCGUGCCAAAAUAUUACCUACAAGGCUUCACACAACAUCGGUCUGGCCAUGGAUACACCUCAGGGCUUACUGGUGCCCAAUGUAAAGAAUGUACAGAUGCUCAGUGUGUAUGAAAUCGCCAUGGAGCUCAAUCGACUGCAGGUUUUGGGAGUAUCCGGGCAACUUGGCACGCCGGAUCUAACCGGAGGAACGUUCACAAUCUCCAACAUAGGCUCAAUCGGAGGCACUUAUGCAAAGCCAGUGAUUCUGCCACCCGAGGUUGCGAUCGGCGCUCUCGGGAAAAUCCAGGUUUUGCCCCGCUUCAACGCCAAGGACGAGGUUGUGAAAGCGCACAUCAUGUACGUGAGCUGGUCUGCAGAUCACAGGAUCAUUGACGGCGCCACUAUGUGUCGCUUCUCCAACCUGUGGAGGUCUUAUCUGGAGAACCCAUCCUCCAUGGUACUGGAUCUGAAGUAGAUCAUCCUGCCUUUAGAAGAUAUCUGGACUAGUGUUUGAACAGCUGAUUAAGUUACUGUAUUAAGCUACUCUGAAACUCUCUUUUUUCCCCCCAUUUCCACGAUCGCUCUCUUUUCUCUCCUAACAUGGGCAGUUGCACAUGUAAAGUCCAUUCACAAUAUUUCAGACAUGUGAGUUAAAUGUACAGCUGCUACGUCAAUGGUGUGCGUCAAUUGUUUUUGUCCUUUAAAAUACACACACCCAAGACAGAACCUACA